CAGGAUUUUGAAAUGGCUGGCCUAAUCACAGAACGACGGCUGGCUCGCGUCAACUCCUCGCUGAAAUUCCUUCAUUUUUCUCUCGCUAUCUUGCUUGCUCAUUUAUCGCUUGUGGCUGGGUGGGGUAGCUAGCGCAAAACAGUUUCGAAAGUAAUAAUGCGAAAGAGAGAAGUCUCGUGGAUCUCAUCACUUCAAUUACAUUACUGCAAAAACAACCAUGGUGGUCGUCAAACGAAGGACACGAUCACGAGUGGAGCAGACUCUGGAUAGCAUCGGUUUCUCGUCUCCCGCACAGGUGCCCUACGGCGACGGAGGAUCCCCGCGAUUCCUGGGUGGUGGAAAUAGCUCCAGAUGGACUCCAGGACGACGAUUCUCCUUUGAGCUCAACACUUCCAAGCAAUCGUACAAGUGGCUCAUUCGAUUCAUGUGCAUGGUAGCAUGCGUGUCGAUGAUCGGAGCCUACAAAGCUAGCCAUGCCGCCAAGAACAUUGCAGCCAACCUCGAAGGUCAACAAAUUGCACUCAAGAUUCAAGGCGACGAAACAUUUGCCACUCUCAAGGAUGCACGAGAGGGUCUCAAGGCUGUGCGGAAAUACGUGGAUGGACUCAAACGGACGCAGGAUGCCCUAUACCAUGAAAUCCGCAUGGUCAAUGAAAUGUUCGAGGCUGAAUCCGCCUCCGACAUGCCAGAUUCCCCCAUGAGAGGAUCCUCCGAUGAGUUGGUACAGUCAUGGAUGCAACAUCGUCAAGAUGCGCUCACAUACAAGAUCAAUAAUCUCAAGGAUUUUAUUCAACAAGAAAGUCGACAGCAGGUCAUUGAAAAAUACGGAUCAGGACCGAUUCGAGCCAAGUUCACCAUCAACUUCAUGAAGCAUGACCUCGAACGAACCUUUGUGAUUGAAAUGGCACCACUCACGCUGAUGCCGCAUUCAGUGCACAUGUUCCUGGAAAUGGUCAGGAUGGGAAUGUGGACCAACACGGUUUUCUGGCAUCAUGAUGAUGUCGAGCACAUCAUUGCUGGAGCACUCUUCAACUAUAGAACGGGAGAACCAAAAUUCCAUCACUUGAAAGCUCUGGGGUGGGAAGGACUGCACUUUCCCGAAUACUCGGAAGAGUACCCACACGACAAGUAUACUAUUGGAUUCUCGGGCAAGGGACCUAACAUUUACAUCAAUCUGCGAGACAACCAAGAUGUUCAUGGUCCCGGAGCACAAUCUCACCACGACUUGCCAGACGAAGCCGAUCCGUGCUUUGCUCGGAUAGUCGAAGGUGUAGAUGUGGUUGAUGCCAUGUAUCGGCUGAGUCUACAGGACGAGAAGAAGUCCAAAGAUUUCCGAGAGACAACUUGGGAUCAAAACGAACUCACACGAAUUGUCAAGGUCGAGCUCGUAUGACGAUCCGUGGCAAGCUAUCAGCCUGGUUGAACCGGCUACCCAUCUCAUUUGCUCACGAUCUCACAAUACAAUUCCAAUACAGUUUUUCAUACACUACCGCCACAACCAGCACAGUAAUGGUUUACACUCUUUUGGAGGACUUGAAGCGUCCAUGCAAUACUUUACCGUUCGGGGCAAGAUGUCUGGUAUCUAGAUAUAUGCAUAUGUACAAUUUCUCUCUAUCAUCUAUUAUGGCACACUCGGCUGGGGUGUCAGCAGCAGAAGCAAUAAAGAGAGCCUAUUGAAACCAAUAAGCUCCCAAGAACUAUUAAAAGACUAUACUUCCAAUUC